AUGAAAAGACAGACUUUAAAAACAGGACUUAACAAAAUUUUUAUCCAAAAACUCAAAAAUGGACAAAUGUUGCCCUUUAACUCAGGGGUCUAGAUAACAAGGAUGAGGAUAAACAGAAAAUGUACAUGUAUUGAUGUAUUGCAAAAUAUAAGAGGCAGAAAGGGAUUGAUUGAAAAAAAUAGAAGUAUGACUGGAAUAGAGUCUUGAAGGAAUAUUAGGAACUUAGAGGAUAUUUAUAGAUUAAUCAAAACACUAUUUAUUUAUCUAAAUAAUACAAAAAUAAAAUAUCCACUUUUAUGGAUGCGAGUUCCCUUUCAGUUGAUUCACUCUGUACAGCACAUAGAGUAUGGCAGAGGUUCCCAAACUGUGGGGCGCGCCCCCUAGGGGGGGCGCCGUCUGGAUGAAAAAAACAAAACAUGAACACUGUAUGCACUGGGUUAUAACCUUUCACUGAACACCCAAUUUAAAAAUGCGAAAAUCUAAAAGACUGGCAAGAAUAUACAUCAGUUAAAAGUGUUAACCCUUAUGUCUAUCUCACACUGAGCAGUGUUUUCCAUGUGUUUAGGAAUGCUGUCGAGUGAGUUCUUUAUGGGAGGGACAUUCAAGUUCCAACAACCAUCUCAUUGCAGAGUCAUUUCCCUGGUACAGCGCUUCAUGGCAAUUAUGGUCUCAAGUGUUUAGGUUAGAGUUUUGUGUAUUUUCUGUUUGAUCGUGUUACCGGAAAGAAGUUUGGGGGUCGGCCACUAUAAAUCCAUGGACGCUGAUUUUGCCAUGAUAACAAAUAUUUUUGUUGCUGUUAGUGUUGGAGUUAUUCUCAUCAUCACCUGUGUGUGUCUUAUCACCUGCUUCUUCGCUCCAUGUUGCUGGUUCUACAAAUUGUGCAGAAAACCACGCAACCAAAGACAGACAGUGGUAACAAACACUGCAGCCAACAUCCCCCAGCCUCACUACUCACCAUCUGGAUAUCAAGCACAGCCUCCAGAUUACCAGGGCGUGGCAGGAGACGAAGGCUCCACGGCGCCCAACACUCCGCCACCAUCAUAUAUGGAGUGCACUUCUCCAUGGUACCCAGCUCCUUUUGUACCAUGGCAGGCGAUGUACUCUCUCAGUCCUUCCAAUCAGCCUAGCGCACCUCCACUACCUUCAGAUGAAAUUGAUCUGCCCCCCUACAAUCCACAACAUUGAUCUGAAAGCUCAAUGUUGUUAAACUGUAUAUUUCAAAGAUCUAGUUCAACCAUUUUGGUAUUUUCAUUGUCCUGAAAAAAAUCACUGUAGGGAGAUGAAUCAGAACAAUAUUUGUGGAGAACUGAAUAUGUACUACUGCUUUAUUGGUGUCUGUUUGUGUAGCUGUCAUCUUUCACACUCUUGUGUAAAAUGUGAACAAAAGUCAGAUAUCCUGUUCACAUGCAAAUAUUUUCUCAUUAUGGUCGAAUUUACAGUGUGAAAUUCAGAGAACUGUUUGUGUGUUCAUGUUCAUUCAUCAUCUCUGCAGAAAUGUUCCAUUAGUUCUUGGUUUCUCUGUUAAUAGUCAGGGCUGUGCAAAGACCACUAGAGGGGCAGGUGCUCACAAAGAACGGCACAUCUAACUGCAUUCUAGGUCAGAAUAUUAAAGCCACACAGCUUUCAGAGUUUAAUUAACAAUGACAAAUUACAAAAUUCUGAGAUAUACAAUCAAAGCUAAGGAA